CGUACUGAGAACGCCAUCAGCAAGUCACACGCGUAUGAAAAACAUGUGAAAUGUCAGUGAAACUUUGAGCAAAAAUUCUAUUCUAAAAUGCGGAUCGCCGUGCCUGAAUUUGUGAUACCGUCCGACAAGGAUCAACUGCUUCAGACCCAGCCGGGAAAAUACUCGGUUAGAAAUGUCUAUGCUCCCCGGGAUAUACAAAACAUUCUUGCUGAUACAAAUGCUAUCCUGCAGGAGCAGGGACCCAGCUUUUUGCUCGAACACUUUGACAAAUUUUUCUCUGUUAUUGUACAUGGCUCAAAUUUAAAGAUACCCGUUCACCUUUUGGCGGUCCAACGAAUCUACAAAUCUCUUGAAAUGUUUAUAAACGAAUGGGAAAGUCAGUACGACAGGGCUAGAGAACCAGCCCCAGAAGAUAAGCCUCGACUGCUUACCAUUACCAAUAUGCUCGCAUACCUGUUGUCCAGUUUAAUUCGUCACAUAGAGAUUGCCGUGUCAGAAGAGUCUGCUGGUGGAACUUCGAAGCAACGGAAGAAAGGAUCAUCCAAAACGCAUUGGGAACACAAGUGGUAUGAACAAAUUGAUGAAAUAUUGGUACUGAUAUAUCACUGGAUACAACUGCCACUUGAAAAACUUUGGCAACCGCCAAUAGCCGAUGGAAGUUUUAUCAAGUGCAUUUCAGAAAUAUGUUACCGGGUUCUAGAAAGAUGCAAACAUGUCAAAGACAAAUCUGUGCGAGAAUCCAUCUUCCAAAUACUGGGGAUUCUAGUGAAGCGGUACAACCACAGUAUAUCCUUUGUGAUAAAAGUAGUUCAGUUGGUCAAAAUGUGCGACGGACUAGCGGUGUAUUUGGCAAGUGGUGUAAUAGAAGUUAUUGAACAAACUGAAUGCACUGGUAUUGUUAAGGAGAUACUGCGUGAAGUUGACCGAGCAACUCCGGAGGAAGGGGGUACGCGUAACAUUGCGACUUUCCUUGAAGCAAUCGCUUUGUCAAAGCCAGACCUCAUAUUACCAGCUGUUAGCAACUUGACUGAUCAUCUUGAAAAUGAGUGCUACCUAAUGAGAAACUGCGUGAUUGGUAUACUGGGAACGAUAGUGAAAGAGAUUCUGACAUCUGAAGAUCUAUCUGAAGAUCAGAAGGCAACACGAGACGAGUGUUUGGACAACCUGAUGGAUCAUUUGUUGGACACAAACGCGUUUGUCAGAUCCAAGACUCUUCAGGUCUGGCAAUACCUUUGCACAGAAGGUGCAGUGCCUUUAGUAAAUCAAAAUGCUCUUCUUGCAGCGAUAAUUCACCGAUUAAAUGAUAAGAGUGCAAUUGUUCGCAAAUAUGCUUUUCAACUCCUCAGAACUUUGUUACAGUGCAAUCCAUUUGCUGGAAAAUUUAAUUUAGACAAGUUAACACAGCAGUUGGCAGAUGCAAAGAAAAAACUCAAGGCUCUGAGAAUAAGUUUUGCAAGUAUUAGUAAGCCGGGAGCAAAGAUUAGAGUAGACAUUUGGAAUGCACUUGCCCCAAGCAUCCUGAGUACUAUACCAAACAUACAUGUCGAAGAAUACAUGGAAUGUGAGGAGGAUAUUCUUCCUGAACUGGAUUCUCACUUUGAAAACUUGAGACAGCUUCUUUUUCAAGAAAAAAUCCGUGAAGCACUAGAACGGCUAAUAAGUUUAAGUGCAAAAUUGCCAGAAAAGUUUCCCAUUGGUACUAUGACCUCUGAAAACAAAGAAGAGUUCCUAAUGUCUCUACUGCACAAAGUAUUCAUGGAUUCGCAGGAAGCUCAAUUGUGUACAGAAAAUCAAGAGAGUGGCAAUAUUGAUGUACAAAUGAAGGAAUAUGAGAAAGAAAAGGAAACAAGGAAAGAAGCUUAUGCAACUCAAGCGAGAUUGGUGGAGUACAUUAAGAACUGUUUAAUCUUCGCCACUGAGCUUUGUAAGGCGAUACCUGUCGCAAAAAUGCGAUUGUCCUCGAUCUCGUCGAGUGAUGCCAUAGAAGCUUGCAGUUUUCUAGGCAUUGCAUGUCAGUUUAAAGUUGAAGGAGCAAAAGAAGCUAUGCGCGGGGCACUUUGUCAGGUUUACAGUACUGAUGUAUCAGUUUGUGAAAAUCUAGCUGAGGUGUACAAGCAGUUAUACAUCAGAGAUAGUGAACAGUACACCUCGGAGAGGCAUAAGGCAUUAGAUAUUGCUAAAGCACUUAUUAACAUGGUAAAGAGUCUAGAACCUGGCGAAAGUCCUGCUCUCACGAAACUCAUUUUGCUAUGGAGAACAAAAGAAGUAAUAAGUGCAGAGAUGUUUCGGGUAUUGUGGGAAAGGUUUUCUCUCAAGUUAACCGACACCUCACCUGAAGAGAGCCGAGCAGCGCUUAUGCUCUUAACUAUGGCUUCUACAACUGAGUCCGCCAUUUUCACGGGUAACUUUGACAUUCUUGUCAGUGUGGGUCUUGGUCCAAGGGCAGAAACCGACCUUUUACUCGCUAGAGAUACUUGUCGUGCAAUGACCAAAGUGGAGGUGCUAAAUCCCGACCCUUUAAAAUGCCCAUCGAGGCUUCCCAAUGAGCAUCAAGUGUUUGAAAAAAUUCUUGUUCUCUUGAUAAAAAAAUUUCGUGACGUUGACGAAACUUGCUAUACCACAUUCUCAACGGAAGCAAUCAAUGCUAUUUAUCACUUAGCAGACCAACCAGAUUUGCUGAUGAAACAUCUGCUUAGCCAGUUGGUGACAAACUUUCAGUUGGCAAAUGGUAUAAGUCACAGAAAAACCAUGCCUUCUGCACAAUUUGCAAACCUAUUACACAUUAUUGGCCACGUUGCUAUUAGGCAAAUGAUACAUUUGGACAUGCAUGUAUACAAGGAAUUGAAGCGAAGAAAUACACUGAUAGAAAUGGUGAAAAUGAAGAGGAAAGGAGAUACCAGCAUUCGAAAUAUUGCUGAUAUGACGGCAAGGAGCAUUCGUGAUGGCGAAUUGGAUACACCUUCCAGUGCUAGUCGGAUGAGGCGCCUAAAAGAUACCUCGAUUGAAGAUAAUGGGCAAGAAGCAAUAGAGGGUGCAACAGCGGAUGACACCGAUGCUGAAUUUAUUCACAAUGUCUUGGAAAAUGAAGUGGUUUCAGGAAACGGAUUAUUAGCUAAAUUUGUGCCCAUUGUUUUGGAUGUUUGCCAACAUCCUGAAAAGUACACGGAUGAAGAUCUGCAGAUAUCAGGAUCACUUGCUCUCAGCAAAAUGAUGACUGUAAGCUCAUCGUUUUGCAAGGAAUAUCUUCAGCUUUUAAUUACUAUAAUGGAACGCUCGCCAUAUCCAGCUAAUAGAGCAAACAUCCUUGUUGGGGUAACAGAUCUGAUGAAUAGAUUUCCAAAUGAGGUAGAACCUUGGACUAAGCACGUCUAUGGCAGACUUAGGGACGAGUCCCCGCUAGUCAGACAGACCUGCGUCAAAAUGUUGUCGAACCUAAUAAUGAAGGAAAUGGUUAGAGUUAAAGGUCAGGUAUCAGACUUAGCACUCUGUAUCGUCGAUCCGGAGGCAAACAUUCGUCAAGAAACUACAAAAUUUUUCAAUGAACUAGCUAACAAGGGCAACGCUCUCUACAACAUCAUGCCUGAUAUUCUAUCGAGAUUGACAGACUGCGAUUUGAAGCUUGACGAGAAUAAGUUUCAGGAUAUAAUCAAAUUUGUGCUUGGUCUUCUGCAAAAAGAGAAACAAAUCGAUGCAAUCAUUGAAAAAGUCUGCGUUAGAUUUAAACUGGCUACAACCGAGCGUCAAUGGCGGGACUUGGCGUACUGUCUCUCUCUCCUUAAAUUUAAUGCAAAAGGCAUUCGUCGUCUUGUCGAUAAUCUGCACCUUAUGAAGGACAAAAUCCAUCAUGAGCCAGUGCUCAACGUUCUCGAUAACAUUGUCGAUCAGGCAAGGAAAAAAGCUGAAACUAAGGCAGCAUGUCUUGAGCUAGAAGAAAAGCUCAAGCAAAUGCUUGACGGCAAUGAUAAAGAGAACGAAAAACCUGAUUCCGACGCUGCUAUCAUGCCACCACCAGCUACAACGCCACGGCAGCUUACAACGUCACGCCAAACUGCAACCCCUCGACAAACUGCAACCCCACGACGAAUUGCAACCCCUCGACAAGCAAAAACACCACAAGACGCGACAAGAAGAAGCAGUAGAAUACGUUCCACUCCAAGAAACACUUAACAAACGAAGAGGUGCAUUAGAGAAUGGGACAUACAUUUGAAAAAGCGUAAUGUGAGAAAUAAAAUACUUUGGAACGUAAGCGAAAAACUAAGUACUGGAUAACGGUACCAAUUAGUGUGACGAAGCAAUUCUCUCGAUUCCGAUUGAAAGUCAUCCCAGAGUGUAAUUACGCCUGUUGAAAGGUAACGCAAUGCACAAUUAUUUCUCUAACAUAUUGCACUGUUUUCCGUGUACUUUAAUCAAUGUACGCGAAAAGCACUUCCUUUACAGUCGUGAUUACAGUAAUAAAUGUAAAUUAGGGAAAGUGCACAGAGUGCAGUGAGUAGAUAACACCAUUAGUUCAUAACGAUAAUAUAUUUAGCUGUUGCUUCAUUAACGGGUAGAAAUCAAAAGAUGAAGUAUUAAAUUAGUCGAUAAUUGAAAAAGACACAUCUUUUAUUUAUUUUAUCAAUUAUCGUAACAGACACUUUUAUAUGCAACCAAUAUAGAGAAUGUUAUGAAGGAACAGAUAAACCACUUGCGAUAACGAACCUUUGGAAAGGAAACUAAAAAAAAAUGAUACAAUAUUAUUUACAUCCAUGUCAUUAUUUUAUCUUGGAAAUUAUCGCCGACUUUUUUACCCUGUGGUUUGCAAUGAGUAACUCAAAAUCAAGAGACAGAGGAGUUUUUCCGUAAAUAAUGACAAUAACAACAUGAUAUCUAUUAAUCUGAAAUUUUUCAGUUAAAUGAGAAAAAUUUUUUUCAACAAUACCACACUAACAUUUGACGACUGAGUGGGCAUGAUCAUUGUUUCUGAUGGAAAGUACAAAAAGAAAAUAUAAUAUACAUGGAUACAAUCAUUAUAAACUACAAUAUACAUAAAAAUAUGUAUUGUCCUAACCGUCAUUUAAGAGCGAUGACAAAUCCGAUCGAAAACUGUUAUGUAUAACACCGUACUUUUAUAGUAUCUUGAAGAACGUUGCGCGAUUAGAAAACGGCUAAAAAGUGAUGCAACUACUAUUUAGUAAACGAAUGCGAAAUGGGAUAUCUAAGGUAGAUCGCGGCU